AUGGCGACGACGGAAAAUAUUAUAAUGGCACAAAUAAUUGGCACCGUACCACAUUUUAAAUAUAAUGAAAAUAACUGGGAAGUGUUCAUUACACAAUUACAACAGUUUUUCACGGGAAAUAGGAUUUCCGAGGCAGUAAGGAAGAAGGCGAUUUUGUUAACCGCGCUGUCCGAAACGUCUUAUAUUUUGCUGCAGAAUUUACUCAACCCGAUAAAGCCAGAAGCUGAAUCUACGUCGUUUGCGAAGUGCGUAGAAGUUCUAAGCGAGUAUUUUAAGCCUCCAUCAACAGGCUUUGCAGAACGGCAAAAAUUUUACAGUGCCAGCAAAGAAGUCACGGAGAGCGUUAAUGAGUGGGCUGUACGGGUAAGAGCUUUAGCAAUUCAUUGCAAAUUCGGGAAUUUCUUGGACACAGCUAUGCGCGACAAAUUUGUCAUGGGCCUUGAAAGAGGGCCAGCAAGGGACAAGAUUUUUCUCGAAGAUAUUACGAGCUGCACUAUGCAACGUGUGGUGGAAAUUGCUAAUGCAGCGGAAUACAUUCGGAAGCAAAAUGCAACGACCGAGGUGAAACGUGAGACCGAGGUGAAACGUGAGACAGAGGAUAGCUUAAAUUACAUAAAAGGCAACAAAAGCAACAAACUAGUGGGGGCGGCUAAGCAAAAACAACAAAAGCAACAGAAGCAGACGUGUGCAGUAUGUGGGUAUGCAAACCAUUUAAGUCGUGAUUGCAAAUUUAGGAAUUAUAAGUGUCAUAAAUGUAAUAACAAAGGUCAUUUAAAGAACAUGUGCCCUAGUGAGAAAAAGAAUGAAAAAUUUAACUAUGUCGAUAAUUCUGAUGUACCUUUAUUCUCGAUGAGAAGUGUUUCAGAUGGCCCUGUUAAGGUUAGAGUACAUGUAGACAAUGCACCUUUAGACCUGGAAUUGGAUACGGGAUCAGAGUACAGCGUACUAUCUUGCGCUAAAUUUAAAACUUACUUUUCAUUACGCAGUCUAAAACCGUGUAAUAUUGUUUUGAGAACAUAUAAUGGCUUAGCAAUUAAUCCCGUUGGUGUUUGUGAUAUGAUGGUUGCGUAUAAUGGUUGUAGUCACUUGGUAACAUUCGUGGUCAUAGAGAACGGGGGCCCGCCUUUGCUGGGUAAAAAUUUUGUACGAACAUCUAAGUUGAAUAUUGCAGAGUUGAACUAUACCAAGGUCGAUGUUGGUGCUAGGGAGCAAAUAUUUAAUAAAUUUCGUAAUCUAUUUGACGGCAGCUUAGGCUGUUUUAAUAAAGGCAAGGCAACAUUGAAACUUAAAGAAAAUUAUACGCCGAAAUUUUUUAAGCCACGAGUCGUUCCUCUCGCAAUUAAGAGCAAGGUAGAAAAUGAAGUUAACAAAUUGAUAGAUCUAGGAGUUUUAGAGCCAGUUUCGUAUGCGGAGUGGGGUACUCCAAUAGUGCCGGUUUUGAAGAAAACUGGCGACGUUAGAAUUUGUGGCGAUUUUAAAGUUACGCUAAACCCACAGUUGAUGGUAGAUAAGUAUCCCUUGCCUCGUAUAGAGGAUAUUUUUGCAAAACUUCACGGCGGUGAGGAAUUCACCAAGCUUGAUUUAACAAUGGCUUAUCAACAAAUCCCUUUAGACGAGGUAUCAAAAAAGCUUACAACGAUCUCUACUCCAAAAGGCUUAUUCCAAUACACUAGGUUGAUUUACGGGUUAGCUUCGGCACCAGCUAUAUUCCAAAAGAUAAUGGAGAGUUUACUAAUGAAUUUACAGGGAACGGUAGUGUUUUUGGAUGAUAUUCUAAUUACAGCUCCAAAUAGGAAAACUCAUAUUGAACGAGUUGAAAACUUGCAGUACGUGUUAGAAAAGUCGGGUUUCAAGUUAGCAUUGAACAAGUGUGAAUUUUUUGCCAAGGAAAUAACAUACCUUGGGCAUGUAAUCGACACACACGGCUUGCAUACGAAUCCGGACAAGGUAAAAGAAAUCGAUAAGAUACAGUAUCCAAACAAUGUCAAAGAGUUGCAGGCUUUUUUGGGUGUUGUGAACUUUUACAGGAAGUUCAUUCCUAAUAUCACAACAAUGUGUGCGCCCUUGUAUAAAUUGCUGAAGGCGGAUGAAACAUUUAGCUUUACAGAGGAAUGUAAAAAAUCAGUUGACCGCUUAAAAGCAGCAUUGAAAGCAGAUAAAUGUCUAGCGCAUUUCAACCCAGGUUACGAAACGAAGUUAACCGUCGAUGCAAGUCCAGUAGGAGUUGGUGCAAUUUUGUCGCAGGUAACUGCAGAGGGGUAUGAGGUACCCAUUGAAUUCGCUUCACGGAAAUUGUCCGCUGCGGAAAUGCGCUACUCACAAUUAGAUAGGGAAGCCAUAGCAAUUUUGUUUGGGGUUAAGAAAUUUCAUAAUUAUUUGUACGGUAGGCAUUUUAAGCUUGUAACGGAUAAUAAGCCAUUGCAUUACAUUUUUAACCCAAAGAAGGGGAUUCCAGUUUAUGCAGCUAAUCGUUUACAACGCAUUGCGAUAACCUUGUCAGGAUACGAUUUUGAGAUCAAGCACAUCAGAUCGAAUGAAAAUGUAGCGGAUUAUUUUUCUAGAAACCCUUCAAGUAUAAUAAAAGAAUCUGGUGAUCUCAUUGAUAAAAACAAUCCAAAUGAUGACUCCGAUUCCAAUGACGUAGAUGAUGAUGGGUAUGAUGAAGUGCACAAUACCCUCAAAUCAACUAUGGCUGUGGUUAGAUGUGCAGCACACACCCUCCAGUUAGCAGUAUAUUAUGUCAUUAAAACAAUGCAAACUAACAGUGAAAGCUGUAGAAAAGCCGUUAAAUCUCACAGAUGCAAUCUCCGCGGUACGAGCAACGUGCCGAUAUUGGAUAAUGCAACACGUUGGAACUCAACAUAUAUGAUGCUUAAUUCCUUACUUAACGUAAAGAGCUAUAUUGAGGAAAAUGACACAAAUACGCCAGAUGUUGACUGGGGCUUUGUCAACGCAUUUUUACAGACAUUCAAACCACUUGUGGAUUGUACUACUAAAUUGCAAGCAGAACAGUAUGUUAUUGAAGAUUUUAAUAGAGACUGGCUCACUUGCGAACUGGAACUAUAG